UCAAUAUCAAUUCCUUCCACGCCACUUGUUCAUUCUCCAUUCACACCUCAAUAGCCCUUCAAUUACCAUGCAGAUUCCGUUGAUUCGUCUCCAAUGCGGCGUAAACAGCUACGACUGGGGUAAGGUCGGCAAGGACUCCGCAGCCGCCAAAUUCGCAGCUGCAACUCCUUCAGACGACUUCUCCAUCCAAGAGGAAAAGCCAUAUGCUGAGCUAUGGAUGGGAACACACCCUUCCCUUCCGUCCAAGGACCUCGAGACGCAACGGACUCUUCUUGAUAUGGUACAAGACAACCAAGCUCUGCUCUCAACACAAAUCAGCGAGCGAUUCGGCCACAAGCUGCCUUUCCUGUUCAAGGUGCUCUCCAUCAACAAAGCUUUAAGCAUACAAGCACACCCGAACAAGAAGCUUGCAGAGCAGCUGCACGCCAAAGAUCCCAAGAAUUACCCAGAUGAUAACCACAAGCCUGAGAUGACUAUCGCAGUCACCCCAUUCGACGGCCUCUGCGGCUUCCGACCCCUCAGCGAAAUCGCACACUUCCUCAAUACCAUCCCUUCACUACGCAAGCUCGUUGGCGAGGAGCAGGCCAAGAACUUCGAGUCUACAAUCAAAGGCCAGGAGACAUCCGAGAAGGAAGAGGAUGUCGAGGCCAAUAAGAAGGCAUUGCGCGAAGCCUUCACCUCACUCAUGAACGCGGACAAGGAGGCUCUAGCAUCGGCUACUGAAUCGCUUCUCGGAUCAGCCAAGUCCGAGGGCGCCCAAUUCGCUGGUGAGGGCGGACCCUCCAACGGCGGCAAGGAGCUAGCGGACCUCGUCAUCCGUCUUAACAGCCAAUUUCCAGGAGAUAUCGGGCUCUUUGUGCAGUUCUUCCUCAACUAUGUCAAGCUGAAAGUUGGCGAGGGGAUGUUCUUGAAGGCUGAUGACAUUCACGCCUAUCUCUCUGGUGACAUCAUCGAAUGCAUGGCCUCUUCCGACAACGUCGUCCGUGCCGGCUUCACCCCAAAAUUCAAAGACGUCUCCACCCUGACCUCCAUGCUCACCUACUCCUACGCUUCGCCUACCUCGCAAAAGAUGUCGCCCGCCGACUACCCAUACGUGACCCUCAAUGCUGCCGCCUACAGCUCCUCCUCAGCUGCUAUCCUCUACGACCCGCCCAUCGACGAGUUCUCCGUCGUGCGCACCUCGCUCAACAAGAAGGGUGCAAAAGCCACAUUUGAGCCCAUCCAGGGCCCGAGUGUGAUUCUGUGCACUUCAGGAAGCGGCUGGGUGAGUGUGGGCCCGAAGAGGGAGAGAUGCGAAACGGGGUGGGUAUACUUCGUGGGUGCGACUGCGGAGUUGGUGAUCGAGGCCGAUGAGGGUGAGGAGAUGGUGACGUUCAAGGCGUUUUGUGAAUUGCAGGGGAAGGAGAGCCAACUUUGAGCCGUAGAACAUAGAUAGCCCUGGGGCGUCUUGCGGUAUUGCAUGGGUGAGUAGACAGUAGAAUUCAGGCAUGCGAUCCGGGAGCUUCGAGACUUGACAUUUGUGACUGGGUCGGGUUCGAUAGCCGGGGGUAUCUCACCACCAUCUCUCCUAUGUAGGCAAGCCUUCAAAAUCGCGGUCGCAAUUUGGGAAUUUCGGAAUUUUACGUACAUGAUUGCGUUGUCUUCGACAGCUCUGGGAUGCCUCACAAUAUUCCCAUGCGCGCAGUGGGCUAAAAUCACACAUUUAAUUUCCGAGC